ACAAAGUGCUGUUUCAGGCGAUUGUAAAAAUAUGAUUUCGAUUUUCGAUGAAAAUAAAUAAUUAAUGUAUUGUAAUGACUGAAAUGUGCAAGUUUAUAAAUGAAAAUAAUGCUCUAUCGUCUUUUCCGCGGUCGUUUAACAUUCAAGUUCUAUAUAGUUUUCACAAUAUUAGUUGCAGCCUCGAUAUGUUGUUACUUCUUUCCGCCGAUUUAUCCAAUUUCUCCAGUGACUGUGCCUCCAAACCCUUUGCAUCCUCGUUCCUCACGACACUUGUCUAAAUUGAUGACUGUAGUGUUUCGCCAGUUCGAAGAUUUCGAGAAUGAUAUCGCUGACAGCGUGCAAUCUUUCGUAUCAGCCUUCCCUAACAUGCCAGUGGUGGUGGUAUGCGAGACCACCCCGUAUCCACCAUUUCCGUUCUCUGUGACAAACGAGACUCUACGAAAUGUUAAAGUUUUAUCGUUAGAGUUGAAGCUAAGUGCUUCGCCGCAGGAUUUCAAUCCUUUGACACAAAUAUUUACUGAGUAUGUGCUGUUCGUACCUGAUUCCACGAGAGUGUCGCGUCGUGUGCUGCAGCUGGCGAUGGCAGCGGCCAUGGCGAGCCCAACACAGGCUGUAGCUAUUGGGGUGGGAAAUUCUCACUUAGUAUGUCAACAUGUAAAUUGGAACUAUGCUGAUUGGACACUACGGUACUGUAAAGAUGCUUCAGGCAAGGUCUGUGAUGCUGUUCAUGGCCAGCAUGCACUGCUGAUUAAAACUGCAGUAUUGCAGAAAUUACCACAACCAUUCUCAUUGCCCUUUCCUGAGUCACUAUAUCUACAAACUGCAGUAAAAAAUAUUAAGGUUCAAAUAUCUGAUGGCAAACUAAGCGCUGGCCGAGGAGUGUUGAAGACGCCAGGAGCAAAGCAGAGGGCAUCUCGUCACAUGAGGGAUUACAGGGUGGCUAUGUACAAACAGUUGGGAGUGAAAGCAGUUAUCAGGGAGGAUGGUAGAGUGCAGUGGUUUGGGUGCAAGAGGGAGACACAGCGUUGCUACCCAUCGGUACAAGGCACACCUUCGUACUUACUAUCAGGGCGCAACACGCCGCCAUGCUGUCGCCGCAACAUGCGACGUGUUGCAGGUCACGUGUUGCGCGCGCUGUUGCAAGCUGGUGCUAGGUGUUGGCUGGAAACAACUUCCCUACUUGGGGCUGUUAUAAGGGGAGACGUCCUUCCAUGGGCAGAAUACGUGGAAAUCGGAAUCCAUGCUUCAGACGUGUCUCGCGUAUCUUGGCUGCAGCGAGGUGGUGCAGACGCCGACGGCUUCGUUUGGGAGCGUGCGACUAAAGGACAUUACUAUAGAGUGGCGUUCUCUGCGACUAAUCGCGUCUAUGUUCUGAUACUGCCGUUCACAGCUAGAAAUGGUACCAUGUGGCCCGCGGACUGGGUGCUGGCUCAUCAGAGAGAAUUCCCUGAGAGACAUUUGCAUCCUUUAGCACAGAUAACUUUUGCGGGUCGACAAGCACCAGCUCCGAAUGACGCUAGAGCUUUCCUGGAUCUGAAAUUAGGUUCCAACGCAGUGGAGAGGUGCGACAAACUUGGUCCUAAGUUACUUUAUCCUUAAGUUAGUCAAACUGCAAACUUGCACAAAACAUUGUUCUACUAGUCAUUAACACUAUACAAUAAUAUAGGGACACAAAAAUGUUCAUUGUUAAAACUAUUAUGGCAUUUUAUCAAAUAAGUUGUCUCUUGAACCAAGUAAUCUCGUGAUCGCGUUUAUUGUUAUUUAUUUUUUAAUUGUUUUUGAGUGAGCUGUUCAUGUAAAUGCAAUUACGUGAGUACUAGUCACUAGUUUUAAGGUAUCGGUAAAUACUUAGCUGUAUUUAAGUUAGGAAAGAGAUUUUACAAUUAAUUUUAAUCGGCAUAUUUACUUCUAUUUUGUAGGAAAUGAGAAAUAUUAAUUAUGAACUAGAAUGUCUAGAAAGUAAUUCGGUUAAUAUUGAAAGAAUACGACCUGUUUCAAAUCUUUUAAUAUAUGAAAAUGUUGUUUUUGUAUAUAAAUACAGAUUAAAUAUGAUCACAACUAAAUUGUUACAUAAAAAAAUAUUUUGAGAUAUCAAUAACGUAGAUAAGAAUAAAAAUCUAAGAGAUUAUUUAUAAAAA